CAGGGACCAACUGGAGAAAGCAACCCUGGCCUCUUCCCAGAGUACCCCGGACAGUUGCUAAACCAUAAUAACAACACUGGAGGAGUACAGCAGCAGGCUCCAGGCCAACCAGAGCAGCAGGGUGCUGUGAAUGAAGAGGCGAGCAAGAAGGACCUGAGGAGCCGGGGCUUGUGCCUCGUCCCAGUCUCGUGCACGUCCCACUUUGGCGGAGACAACGCUGCUGACUACUGGGCCCCGGCGCCGCUUGGCGGGAUGAUCCUCCAGUAGAAGAGACGACUGGUCUUGCAGCAAGUAUAUGUGUUGUGCAUGGGGUGGUGCAGGAGUACGUAACAGCGCGCGUAAGUACGUACAUACCAUCAUGAGCAGUCACUCUACUAAGGCUGAUUGCUCUUGAUGCUAUGCUAUGCGAGUGUAGUGUAAUCAUAUCAUGGGGGUGAAAGCGAUUAAGCCUUCUGUAUCUGCAUUGUUCUCUGCGAAGAGGCUUUUCAUGAAGGAAGCUGUGCAUGGCCGGUCUAUUUCUUCUCUAGCUGGUCGUCCUCCUUCAGUCCUUGCAAAAUUUAUGGGUUUGUUGUAUAUGUAAAUCUAGCAAGUUAUAUAGUGAACUUUAAUUAUUAUUUUUCUGUC